AUGUCACUGCUUCUCCUUCAGAUGUUAGUGCUCUCAUGUCUUGGAGCCACAGAGCUACAGAGAAAUUCACAGCAAAGGAGAAGCAGAGGGCCAUUUCAGCACUUUCUCAACCUGGACAAAAAUCUGUUUGAAAGUCAAAAUUCUCCUGAGCGGAUAAGCGAGAACCCAGUAGGAAUUGAAGAGACCCUGAAAGUACCAAGCUUUUUUGUAUCAAUUCCACAGACAGCAUCUGGAAAUGAGAAGAAAGAGGAGAAAAAAAUGUCCAGAUUCAUACUUCCCAGUGCAGGACUCCAUGCAGACCACAACCCAAGAACCUGGGUUGCAACCAGAGAGACCUCUCCUGUGGAAAACCUCUCUCCACCCCACUAUUCCAGCAAGAGAGAGUCUGAAGUUCCCUACAGAAAAGAUGCCAAGAAAUUCUGGGACCAUUUCAUGUUAAAGAAAAAUUCAGCAUCUGAAGAGGUUGUCCUGCCAAUCAAGACCAAUGAAAUGCACCAAGAAAACUGCAGAACCCUGCCUUUUGCCCAGGGUGUUACUCAUAACAGCUGUGAGAAGGUGACAGUACAGAAUAAUCUGUGUUUUGGAAAAUGUAGUUCUUUCCAUGUUCCUAGUUCAGAAGAUCAUCUUUAUACCUUUUGCUCUCGUUGCCUGCCCAGCAAGUUCUCCAUGAAACGCCUGGAGCUCAACUGCACUGAUUCUGUUCCAGUGGUCAAAGAAAUCAUGAUUGUAGAAGAGUGUAAAUGUGAAAGUCGGAACAUUAAAGACCCCGUGGUUGGAUCUCUACUGUCAGACUUGUACGAAAAUGUACAUGAGCACAAUUAA